GCCCUCACCUCAGGGCACCCUGGGCCGGGCGCUGUGAGAGCGGGGGGCGGCGCCAGCCGACGGGGCGGGGCGGCUUGUCCCUCUCCGCAUCCCGGCCUGGAAGGCGCCGCCUCCGUCCCUUCUUCCUUUGUCUGGACUCCGGAAGGGCCGCUGUGGGCGCAGGAUGAGCAGCGGCGGCGCAGGCGGCGAUGGUCGGGCGGCGGCUCUCUCCGCCCGGGGCUCCCGCAUCGCCAGCGGCGCCCGGGGCCUGCUGGACAAAGGCUUCGACUUGUACAUCGCGGACCCCUUCGACCGGGACCGCAACCCGCGGGGCAUUUUGAAUUUGGGAACAAGCGAGAACAAACUUUGCUAUGAUUUAAUACGGGAAAGACUCACAAGACCUGACAUGAACUAUCUGGAACCUCACCUUUUGCAAUAUUCUGAUACACAAGGCAUUGAAAGCUUCAGAGAAGAAAUUGCCAAAUUUCUCACUGAGUAUGCCAAAGCUCCAAAAGCACUGAAUCCAGAGCAUAUAGUUGUUAUGAGUGGCUGUUGUGCUGUCUUUGCUACCCUUUCAACUGUAUUAUGUGAUACUGGAGAUGGGUACCUUAUUCCUACUCCAUAUUAUGGUGGAAUAAAUUCAAAAACCUGGCUGUACGGUGGAAUACAACCUGUCCAUGUGCCUUUGUUUAGUGAGGUGACUGAUGAAGAAAGUCACCCUUUUCAAUUAACAGUUGAAAAAUUAGAGUCUGCCCUCCAGAGAGCUAAAGAACAGGGCAUCCGAGUCAGAGCAUUAAUCCUGAUCAACCCUCACAAUCCAUUAGGGGACAUUUACCCAGCACAGUUACUGAAAGAAUGUCUAGAGUUUGCGCACAGAUAUCAAUUACAUGUAAUAAUAGAUGAAAUAUAUAUGCUGUCUGUGUACGAUGAUACCACCUUCACCAGUGUUCUUAGCUUAGAUUGUUUACCAGAUCCAGAACGGACACAUUUUAUGUGGGGCUUUAGCAAGGAUUUUGGUAUGUGUGGUAUCAGAGUUGGAGUGUUGUACACCAGAAGUUAUGAAGUUCGGAAAGCCGUGACUCAGCUGGCUGGUUUUCAUGGGUGUCCUGGGCCUGUUCAGUAUGUCCUGAGCCAGUUUCUUAGCGACAGAGAUUGGCUGGAUAAUGUGUAUUUUCCUACCAACAAAAAAAGACUUAAAGAAGCACAGAGUAUUCUUGUGGAUGGUCUUGCAGAGAUUGGAAUACCUGUCCUCAAAAGUUCAGGAGGAUUAUACAUAUGGGCAGACUUCAGAAAAUUCCUAAAAUCACAGACAUUUGAAGCUGAAAUGGAGUUAUGGUGGAAGUUCCUUGAUGAAAAACUCCUCAUUAGUCCUGGAAAAGCCUUUUGCUGUUAUGAGCCUGGAUGGUUUAGAAUGGUCUUUUCAGACUCUGUAGAUAAGAUUUACUUGGGUAUACAGAGACUUGAGCAAAUGCUGCAAACUGAAACUUCUGAACCAGUUGCAAACAAAACAUCUGCUGUAGAAGAUGAGUUAUCUAAUUCAGAAGAUGAAACUUCAGUUAAUCACGCAAAUACACCAUUAGAUGAAGUUUCAGAAGCAUACUCAGACAUGAAAAAAAUUGUUGUCUAUUAAAAUCUUAUAUGAAAUUAGAGACUACACAAAACAUGAUACAGCAUGCUUGUGUUUACUAAAAUUGUUACUUUGGCUAUAAUACUAUAGGACAGUCUCACUUUGCUGUAGCCUGUGGUUACUAAUUUGCAAAUUGGACUGCUAGAAUAUUAGUAACCUGGCCCCUAUCCGGACUUUAGCCUCUAUUCUAAAAGCACUAAAGCCCACUUUUUAAGCAUGCUGUUAAGUACCAUUAAAGUCAGUGGGUCUUAAGCAUGUGCUUAAGUGCUUUGCUGAUUAGAGUGGGUUUGCUUACUCAGGGCCUUAAUGAAUCUUCAACACAAUAUUUUAUAUUAUGGAGUAUAUAUUUUAAUCAGAAGACUGAAAAUGUUGAACAAGCUGAUACUGGUUGUCAAAUUUUACUCAGUUUGUCAGUUGACGGACAGACAUGUAUAUAUAAAAUCUACAUUGGGGACUUUUUAAGAUGGUUAAAAUAAUUCAAACAUGAGCUUUCUGAAUAUGCACACCAGUGUAAAUACUUGUUUAGGAAAUAUUCAGUUUUUUGGCUUCCAUGUUUCCUUUCAGAUGUGUAAAAAAUGCUUAUUUGUAUAUUAUAAUAUUUGCAUCUUUUUGUCACAAAAACACAGUCCUUUGGAUCAGUUUUUCUCAUAAAAUAUAAAUGUAAAUAUAUUUA